UGCGUACUAGGUGAUAAUCACUUGGCGGUGAUUUGAUGCAAGGUUAUAGUGUCGUGUGACUUUCUUUUUCUUGAUUCAGUUUACUUCAUAGCGGUAGAGGAGCAACGAUUCUUGAGUAUCAAAUAUAUCGCGAUUUUAUUCUCGGAUAAUUUAUCCAAAAAACUACCACAAAAUUAACCUUUACAAAGAGGUUCUGUCUACCCCCGCGGAAGAAUACACAUCAGUUGCUUUCUUUGUGACUCAAGAUAAAAUAGUUCGUGACAAUGUACGCCGAGUGUAGCAAUUUACAUUGAGAUGAUAUACUGAAGAUUUACAGAAUUUUGCCGUCUCCGUUGCGAAAAAUCAAACUAUCUAUGCAACGGAAAGUACGGAGCAGGGCUGAAAAUGGCCAUCAAGAUCACAGCUAGACUGGAUAUUAGGAUUUUUCAGCUGUACUUAGCAGUAGUUUUCAUAGGUGUGAUAAAUGUAGCAGCACAGAAUAAUAAUUUUUAUUUUACACAACAACCUGUGGGUUAUGACGUGAAGGAUGGGGAGACGGCGACACUGACUUGCAUCGUCAACAAUCCAGCUGAUAUAGUUUUUCGUUGGACUCACGAUGGAAUAACUUUCGGUAAUAGUUCUCGUCGAUACAUGGACGGUAGUUCUUUAACUUUUACAAAAGUAUCUAAAGAUUAUGAUACUGGUGUGUUUGUUUGUGUUGCAAGAAAUGUACUCACAGGAACGGAAAUAACCAGCCAGGGAGCGGAACUUAACAUUCUUUGGAUAAGUUACAAUGGCAAAGUACAAUUAAAAGAACCCACAGAUGUGAAUCUUUUGAGUGCCGGCAUAGAUGUAACGUUACGCUGUAGAAUAGAAGGAAACCUAGACCCCACUGUGUAUUGGUAUAAAUCUUCUACCCCUCUUGAAUCAUCGAACCAUUUAGACAUCCGAAGUAAUAAAAUUACCAUAAAAAAUGUCACAACUCAGGACAAUGGCAUCUAUUCGUGCAGAGCAGAAAAUAGAGCUGGUUCUGCUUGGAGUGUAAUGUCUAACUUUACUUUGGACGUAAUCAAUCCUAAUGCACCAGUAGUGCUCGUCUCUCCAAAGGAUUUAAUAGUCAACAAAAAUGAGAAUGCUUUAUUGCACUGCGAGGUUUCUGGCGAUCCUCCUCCUGAAGUACACUGGUAUUAUAACAAUGAAGGACCUAUUACCAACCGUUCACGGUUAUUUAUCUUUCCUAAUGGCACAUUACAUAUCACCCAGGUCCGUUCCAGAUAUGAGGGUGAAUACGUGUGUAAUGGUAUUAAUGUUUAUGGACAAGACUUUGAUUCUGCCAGCCUGCACAUGGCAAGGUUAGACUAUCUUCCCUACCUUGGCACCGAGGUUGUGUUGUCUCGUAGCAGUGUUGAAGUAGAGUGUGCAUAUCCAGGGACCUUUGCUGGGGGUUAUCCUCCACCAACAUUCACAUGGCUUGACCCAUCAAUGACUCCAGUUCCGUCCAGUGGUAAUGUGAGGUUUGUUGGCGACAGUCUUAUUAUUGACUCAGUUGAGCAGAUAGAUGCUGGUAACUAUACUUGUCGCGCUUCCAAUAUGGCCGGUAAUGUCACCACUCAAACUUCAAUUAUAGUUGCAACUACACCAAGGUUUACAUUACAACCUGAGAACACUUCCGUGAAAGAGACAGGCACAGCUUUUCUUCACUGCCAAGCAGAAAGUACUCCACAACCUACCAUCACAUGGAAACGUGAUGGUAUAGAUGUAAUGAACAUGUUUCAAGGAAAUCGUUAUGAAGUGUUCAGUAAUGGUACCCUGCAAAUACGCUAUGUUCAGUUGACUGCGGACGAUGGUGAACUAAUGUGCAAUGCCUCCACUGUUGCCGGAUUCGUGACUGCAACAGCUUACCUAAUGGUGCAAGAAACAUUGAAAUUCUCCUCCAAGCCUGUGCCAAAACCUUUAAAACUUGGAGAAAUUGACACCUUGGUGUGCAAGGCCAGGGGAAAAACUGUGCCAAUUGUUUGGUGGCAGAAACAAGGCUCUCCUGCCGGUGUAUGGCCAGAUCAUAUCAAUGAAACUGAUGGUACACUGACCUUUAGUAGAGUGCAAAAGACAGACGCUGGGAAGUAUACUUGUUAUGCACAGAACACCCAGGGUUUGAUAAAUGAGACCGUUGAUAUUCAAGUUGUAGUGUAUCCAGAGUUUACAUUGGAACCUGUUGAUACGGAAGCAUAUGAGGGUUAUUCAGCUAUGAUGCACUGCCAGGCAGACGGUGACCCCACACCUCAAAUUAGUUGGACAGCUGGUGAGAAGAAAUCUCUACCUGUCCAUUUUGAAGUCUUGGAAAAUGGUACCUUGUAUACCAGUGAGGUUCGAGUUGCUGAUGAAGGGAAGUACACCUGUAUUGCUGGUAGCAACGCUGGACUGAAUAGCAGAGAGGUGACAUUGUCAGUCAUAAACCGUCCACCAACUCAUGUGGGACCAGAAGAAAGGAGUAAUCCAUUAAUGAUGAAAACCGUUGGAAUUGCAGUCGGUUGUGCUGUAGCUUACAUCGUUCUUGUGGUCGGCCUGAUGGUGUACUGCAAAACGAGGCGGAAAAAGCAAAAACGAGCAGCCCUGGCAAGAGAACGGAAAGAGAAUGGAGAAGCUCCAAAGGAGGCGUACAAAGAUUUCACGGAUAUUAAAGGAGCUCCCGGUGAACCUAAAGUGGAGAAUGAAGUGGCGAUGAAUAUGAUGUAUGCCAAUAAAAGACGAGGAAGUUACGAUAAAUUGCAGUUCCCACGGCAUGAUCUGCAGACCAUUACUAUGUUAGGCCGUGGUGAGUUUGGGGAAGUGUUUCUUGCGAAAGCGAUUGGUAUCCGCGAUGGUGAAAGAGAAACUGUGGUGGUUGUCAAGGCACUGAUGAGUAAGGAUGAAGAUUUACAAGUUGAAUUUAAGAGAGAGAUAGACAUGCUCAGUAAAUUACAACAUGACAAUGUGGUACGGUUGCUAGGAAUCUGUAAAGAAGCCGACCCUCAGUACAUGAUUCUAGAAUACCUAGAGUGGGGUGAUUUGAAGCAGUUCCUGAAGGCCACAAGAGGUGAUAAUGGCAAGAAUGCACCCCCACCACUGCACCUUAAUCAUAAGAUCAGUCUUAUUAAUCAAGUCUCCCUGGGUAUGGAGCAUUUGUCCAAUCAUCGUUUCAUCCACAAGGAUCUGGCUACAAGGAAUUGUUUAGUUAGUCCCAACCUUGAGAUCAAGGUCAGCAACUUGGCCCUGACCAAAGACGCCUACAGUAGAGAAUAUUAUGAAUAUCAUCAGAGCUUAAUUCCCAUUCGCUGGAUGCCACCUGAAGCCAUAUUUGAAAUGGAGUACAGUACAAAGAGCGACGUCUGGGCCUUUGGAGUGUUUAUCUGGGAGGUGUUCUCAUUGGGAGAAUUGCCAUUUGCUAACUUAGCUGACGAGGACGUGCUGAAAGGUUUAGUGUCUGGAGAGAUUAGUUUAGAAAGACCAUCGUCAUGCCCAGAGGAAUUGGAAGCACUCAUGCACCGGUGUUGGGAAGAUAGCCCAAAGGAUAGGCCGUCGUUCAGCGAUAUUGCAGUCACGAUAGGUGAACUACAUUUAGAUAGUGAAAUUUAAAAGAUGUGCCAGCAGUACAAGUUGAUAGUUUUAAUUCCAAAUCAUGAAAUACUGAAAAUCUAAUGAAAUUUCCACAAGAAUUCAGUGGCUAACUUUUUUUUAGUGGUCCAAGUUUUUAGUUUUACGUUUUUUGUUUGCACACCAACAGAUGCAGCCACAACAACAUACACCCAACAACACUGUUUUUUUUGUUUUUUUUGAAGAAAAAAAACUUUUAAAAACUUUCUUAAGCAUCUAUGGUCAGUCUGUACAGUGAGUUAUUGCAAUAUGUGUAUUACAAGUAGAUGACGGUAAAAGACUGAAAUAAAAACGGAUCACUCUUUAGAUAGAGAAUCUCUGCUUGCCUUUGAUUAGCAGUAGAUGAAAUGUGCGUAAGUCUCUGUUAUUUAUUGAGAGCAACAAGCAGAUCACCCUGUUAUAUAUCUCUAAAUGUUUUGUUUGAAAAACAAUUUGAAUGCAGUAAAAUGUGUAUUGGUAAAUUUUUAGUUGUACGUGCAUGUGUGCACAUAAUUUGUGUGCGUGAGUCAAUGUAUCGUUUGUAUGUUUUUAAAAACUAUUUUUUUGAGAAAGAAAUGAAUCACUCUGUGUUGAUGAACAUAUUUU